UUCUUGAUCUGGAGUUAGGGUUUAUGCCUGUUAAGUAGCACUAUUCUGAAUUUUGUAGCUUCAAUGUGCCAUGAAUCCACUAACCUUCAUCUCCUACAAUGAUUCUUUAACAAUCUAUACUAUCUAAAACACAAUUUGCAAAUCUUCCAAAUUGAAUAAAAAUGAGGCAUUUUCGAUUAAUUUCUCCACAUUUAUCACAAAUUCGAAAAACCCUAAUCCAAAACCCUACAACUCACUCUACUUGUCGAUCAGAAUUACUGAUUAUACCCAAAUCGCCAAAUUUGAUCAGCGAAUUCACUUCCAUUGCUGAAGAAUCAAAACCUAGUCCAAACCCACCUGCACCAUCCGAUAAGGUAAAAGCCAUUGUCGAUGAAAUCUCGGAAUUAACGCUUCUUGAAAUCUCUGACCUUACUGAAGUUCUGCGUAACAAACUGGACAUUAAGGAGAUGCCCGUGAUGGCUGUGAUGAUGCCCGGAAUGGGUUUUGGUGGCGUGAGGGGCGGGGGUAAAGGCGGAGCUGGUGCUGCAGCGGGGAAGGCGGAAGAGAAGGCGGAGAAGACUGUGUUUGAUAUUAAGCUUGACGGGUUUGAUGCUGCGUCUAAGAUUAAAGUGAUUAAGGAAGUUAGAGGGUUUACGGAGUUGGGUUUGAAAGAGGCGAAAGAUUUGGUGGAGAAGGCUCCUACUUUGUUGAAAAAGGGAGUUACUAAAGAUGAAGCUGAGAAGAUUAUUGCGAAAAUGAAGGAGGUUGGAGCUAAAGUUUCUAUGGAAUGAGAAUUAUCAGUUCACUUAGCAAUCACCUACUAGGCGCUGGGAAUUUUGAUUCUUAAGGAUUAUACUUGGGAUUUCAUGCUCAGUUUUUUCUGGGUAUUUGGGAAAAUGGAGCGUGGACAGUUGUAUACUUAAUAUAUAAUAUGGCUGGCGUGCAUCUUUCAAGGAGAUAUUUUUUUGAAAAUGAUAAGAGUUCUCAUUGAAACCUCUUUGUAUUCUGUUUAAAUUCGUUGUCUGCGCUUGAGGAAGAGCUUUACGGCGCAAGCUGGAAGAAGAGAAAAAAGAGAUUAUGUUAGUUGAAGACACAAGUUACUACAUGCCCAUUUUCCAUUGCAGAUAGCUUAGUUGUUAGUUCCUGCUCCUUGUCUAUAUUGCCCCAAAACAUUUUGUCAUUUCGUUUGAGAAUAACUUUUGAUACUCCAAAACUUUAUAUUUGUAAGAGGUCCUUAUU